AAAAAAAAAACGAAAAUUUGUUUUAGAAAUGUGACUUACAUAAGUGAGUGUGUGUGUGUUUAAUUCCUGCGAUCUGAAAUAAACAACAAAACUCAACGACAAAUCUUACUGGUGGUGUUGUUGAAAAUCAAUUGCCCUAAAAGAAGAUACAGAAACUCAAACUAAUUGCGACGAAAACAAAAACGUUUAAAAGAUUUUUCACUUCAAUUUUUUUCUGAACAACGAAAAGGACGUUACGUGAAAAAACAGCAAAAACACGAUCGACAUUGAUUAAUUGUUAAUCAAAAGUUUAACUCAUUAACCUUGACCUAACUAACUUUGACCGCCGACAGUUUCGUGUACGUUCGUCCAAGAUGAGCUUAAUCGAAAGCGGACGUUAUCGGUUGCGGAAAGAUUGGGCCAGCGCCUCCAUACCGUCAUUGGUCGAUAUCGAUGAGCAUGUGAGCGAUGAAGUGGAGAAUUCAAUAAACAUCACCACGCCACUACCGCCACCAAAGCCACCGCGACGCAGCUCAUUGGCCUUGGGCUUGUUCUCCAGCAAAGGCGACAAGAGCCAGAAGAGACGCAGUUCGAUUGCAGUCUCAUUUCUGCGGCGAGACACUAAUAAGAGCUCAACCAAAGAUUCAUAUGAAUCAGUUGUGAAACACGAAAAGAGUGAUGGCUCAACCUUACCGGUUAGUUCUGAACUUAUAUACAGCUCGGAGGAAAGUGUGCGCGCCUCCUCGCCUAUGGAACCGGGCAAAGUGACCUAUUUCGAUGAUGGCUCCACUCUGAGACCCAUAGUGAAGGGCAUAAAUAAUCCUUAUGAUUCGCCCGUCGACAAAGAGCGUAAUCGUCGACGACGCAGCUCACUGCAGGCAAAAUUGGAGCGACAUCGCCGCAAAAACAACGACAUUAGUCAACUCAGCAUUGACACCAGCAUGCCGAGCAGCUCACAAAGUGGAUUGACCAAUGGCAGUAUGGCUGGCAAUGGCAAUGGUAUGGGCUCAUCUUCGGGCGAUCUUUCGUACGGUGAAACCGAUCCAAAUCACUCGCCAUAUUUUCCGCGUCAAAAACGUCAUUCAUGGUGGAAUAUCUUCGUGCCCGAGAAUUUGAAGAGCAGGUCACGUAGGGCUAGUCAAGAUGUUUCGCUUAUGUCACGCAGUGUUGACAAUUUAGCCGUGCCAGUGCGUCGGAGCAAAUCACGUAGCGUUGAUCACGGCUUAGCUGCCCCAUUCGAUUUGGACUCACUGCGCUCCAAGGUGGAAGGACGCUUCGAAAGUGUCGAUCGAUUGACAAAUGAGCGCAAAAAGUCAUCGUUGCCCACCAUACCAACCAUAUCCUAUACGGUCGGAAAUCGUGAUACCCUGACUUCGGUGGCCGCACGCUUCGACACCACACCUUCAGAGUUGACACACAUCAAUCGUUUGAACAGUUCAUUCAUCUAUCCGGGCCAACAGUUGCUGGUACCGGAUAAGAGUGCGGCAGCCAAGAGUGAUUCUGUUAGCGGCAGUGCGACUGGUAUCGACGAGAAGGGCUCCAACGCCAGCAUUUCGGGCAAAUCGAGCCCCAUCGAACGCAAGUUAUCAUCUACCGACGAGCAAAAUGAUGAGAACGAUAUACUUGAAGGUCUUCGCCCGGGAUCACCAAAGCCGGGACACAUUGAACGCGUCGACUCCACAAAGAGCGCCGACAACGCACAGACCGAUGCCAACAAGAGUGAUGAUCCUGUCAUCACACAACGUUUCCUCAAAAUCAAUGUACGCCAUAUCACCGAUGGACAAGGUGUUGUCGGUGGUGUCCUUUUGGUCACACCCAAUGCCGUUAUGUUCGAUCCGAACGUUUCUGAUCCGCUAGUAAUUGAACAUGGACCAGAGAGUUAUGGUGUAAUUGCACCAAUGGAAUUGGUCGUCAACGCGGCAAUCUUUCAUGAUAUAGCGCAUAUGCGCGUGUCAGGCGGUGUGAAUACUGAGCAAAAUGAAAAUGCCGAAAUCUACUAUCCAAAAGCAGUAUUAGAAGCGCAACAGGCUAAAGAGGCCAAGGAGGAAGAGGCGGGCGAAGAGGAUGGUGGUUCGGCCAAACAACGCGCGGAAGGUGGUUCGAUGGAAACAUGUGACGAUCAGGAAUCUUUGUGCUCGCACACGGGCGAACGUGAUAAAGAUGACGAGAAGGGUGUGGAAGCCAAAGAAAGUGCUAAGACUGAUAAUGAUGAUGAUGAUGGUGCGAAAACCAAUAAAACUGCUGACGAAGCUGACGCUGAUGAUAUGAAGAAAAGCCUUAAUCUAUCCGAUACGCGUACCACUCUGGAGGAACGACGCAAAAGCCUAUUGGACCAUCACUGGGCCAUACCAAGCAAGGAUCGAUCAUCGGAAGACGAGGGCGACAACGAAUCGCAAACGACCAUCGAUAGUGGCGCUCGUGGGCAGGAUCCACACUCGGCCACCUCCUCGAUCAGCGGUGUUGGUGCAGUCAGUGGUGUCGGUGUGAGCGUGCCUGGCGGUUUGGCUCCCGCCGAUCUCGAACAUUUGGAAGAAUUAUCGAAGCAAUCAUGCUACGAUUCUGGCAUCGAUAUACGCGAACCCAUACCAAAUUUGCAGCCCAUACCAAAGAAGACCGUCUACAGUGACGCCGAUAUUGUGCUGAGCUCCGACUGGGUGCCGCCGAAAACCAUCUCACCGUCAUUGAUGAGCGAAUCGCCGCCGCGCAGCUCCGUGCUGAGCGCACAAAGUCUCGACGCGGGCUCGGGUGCAGGUGGUGGACGUAAGAAGACCUCUAGCGUUAGCUUCAGCGUUGACGACAACAAUGGCGAGCAACAAGCUGCUGCGGCAGUGGCGGCAUCGGCGGCGGCGACAGCCAAUCAGAGUGACAAGAAUGCCGAAAAGAAAAAUAAAAUGUUGAAACGCUUAUCGUAUCCAUUGACAUGGGUUGAAGGUCUCACUGGCGAAGCAGGUGGCCCUCCGGGCACUGGUGGAAGCCUCGGCAAGUCAGCGGAUUCUGAAUCGGCGCCCAAUACGGGCGAUUCGAAUCAGAGCGUAUUUUCGAAAGUAUUCUCAAGUUCACCCAUCACUUUGGUCUCAGAGUUGGGUGGUAAUUUAUUUUCAAAAACACCGUCCGAAGACUCUGGUGGCUCACCAGUGCCACCACUGACUCCGCAUUCAACUCAUUCCGAGGGUCAUAUUUCCACUGGACGCUCAUCGAUUGGCACAUUUAUGCGUCCACAAUCGUCGGAGGGCACUGCUUCCACAACGAAAUUGAAGGAUGUUAAACCGCAACCCAAAUUAGAUUACCGAUCGAUGGUAUCAGUUGAUGACAAACCGGAGUUGUUCAUUAGCGUUGAUAAAUUGAUACCACGACCGGCUCGCGCCUGCCCGGACCCACCAUUGUACUUACGCCUACGCAUGGGCAAGCCCACUGGCAAGGCAAUACCGCUACCGACCUCUGUUAUGUCGUAUGGUAAAAAUAAACUGAGACCUGAAUACUGGUUUAGUGUACCUAAAAAUCGCGUCGAUGAAUUGUAUCGCUUCAUAAACACCUGGGUGCAACAUUUGUACGGUGAAUUGAACGAAGAGCAAAUCAAGGCGCGUGGCUUUGAGCUUAUCCAAGAUGAUACCGAGUGGACGAAGAGCGGCACCACUAAGGGUGGUCGCAGCGGCAGUCAAGAAAAUGAGGAGAUCAGUGACUUGACACGCGAGUCGUGGGAGCUUAUAAAGGCGCCCUUCGCCAAGACCUACAACAUUAUAAAAACGGCAAAGCAUGCCGCAUCGCAUGAAAUGGAUUUGUUGAGCGGCGAGGUGUUGUCUAUGAGCACAGAUGAUUACCGCAAGGCGUCAUUAUUUGCUACCGGUUCCUUUGACCUGGAUUUCCCCAUACCAGACCUAAUUGGCACAACAGAAAUCCUCACAGAAGAGCAUCGUGAAAAACUUUGUGGACACCUACCUGCACGUGCUGAAGGCUAUUCGUGGUCAUUGAUUUUCAGCACAUCCCAGCAUGGCUUCUCGCUGAAUUCGCUCUACCGAAAGAUGCAGAAACUCGAAAGUCCAAUCCUAAUUGUCAUACAGGAUACAGAUAAUAAUGUGUUUGGCGCAUUAACGUCCUGCUCCCUGCACGUCUCCGACCACUUUUACGGCACCGGUGAAUCGCUAUUAUACAAAUUUAAUCCCAGCUUUAAAGUGUUCCAUUGGACCGGCGAGAAUUUAUAUUUCAUUAAAGGCAAUAUGGAGAGUUUGUCAAUUGGUGCUGGAGAUGGUCGAUUUGGUCUUUGGCUGGACGGUGACCUCAAUCAGGGACGAUCACAAUCCUGCAGCACAUACGGGAAUGAGCCACUCGCACCGCAAGAAGACUUUGUUAUCAAAACACUCGAAUGCUGGGCAUUUGUUUAAAAUUUUCUGGUAGAAAUAUUAUAUAUAGAAAAGUAACUAAAACUAUAUUAAUUAGAAAACAACUAUAAAGGCAAACAAGCAAGCAAGCAAGCCACAAUUAUCUUUGUGUAUCACCCAUUAUAACAAAAGUUUAAGCAAAUACAAAAACAGAACCUAAGUGAAACUUCUCAAAGUGGAGCAGCAGAAUUGAAAACACAAGCAGCCAUUAAUACGCAGCGAGCGGCAACUGUGGCACGCUGCGGCGAGGGCAAUAAUUCGUAUCUGCAAUAAAUAAUAAAUACCUAAAUACAAUUAUAUAUAUAACCUAGUAAUAUUAUAAUUAAUUAAUAAGUGCUGAUGAUGAGCAAGUUGUUUAGAUAAAAGAAGAAGGAAUUGUUAUUAUUUUUAUACAUAUUGAUAAAUUUCAUGUGUGUGAAGAACAUUUUUCACCCAUACAUGUAACGCAACAUAUAACGAUAGCCUUAAAAUCACACAUGUAAACACACAUAAUCCCUAGAGGAGAAGAAAAAAUGCAAUGCAUACAAUUAUACACAUACACAUACAACUUUAACAUAUAUCAUAAACAUAGAAAUUAUUUUAUGCGAAUCGUAUACAUUCAUAUUUACAUAAAUGCAGUGUCAUUACUUGAUUUAAGUUGUUCCAUUUUAAGGCUACAAGAAAAAUGUAAAGGUCGACUUUUCAAAAAUCGAUUGCUCUACAAUAGUUCGUAAAAGCCCUUCUCUAAGUAGACUAACUGUGACGCAAAUUCGCAAAGAAUUAGCUUGAAUUGUAUUUUGCUUGCACGCACGGGAAAUCUGCUUUAAGAGGCCGAGAUUUGAUAGGCAAAUGUUGUUUUGAAGAGAGCGACUAUUUAGUUUAAAAAUGUAUUUAAUCAAAUUAUUGUUGCGAAUCGUGCAGCGCAGAAUUUUUUUAUUGAAUUGUGCGCAAGAGGAAUAGUAUUAAAAAUAUUUUGAAAUAAAAUUGAGAAAAGCUCCACAAAGGGCUAUAGUAAAUUGUUGAAUGAAAAAGUGUUUAAUUAUCAUUGGGAUUCUAACUAAUUUAGAAUGUGUCGAAAAAAGUGUACAACAUAAAAAAUUAAAUAAGUAAAUAAACAUGAGAAGCGGUAAAACCGUCAUACGCAACGCAGCAAAUAGCGCGUUUCGAAUUUCUGUGUAAUUAAUUCGUUCUUCAGCUGAGUACCAGGGGAUUUGUGCAACUCAAAUUCGAACACUUUUAAAUUGACCCAACCCAACUGUAACCCAAUUAUUUUAGAGUUAAUACAAAAUAAAGAAUAUAUAAAAUGGUAUAUAUAUGUAUAUAUAUAAAUGGUUAUUUAGAGACCCAGAGCAGAGACGUAAUAUAUGCUGUUGCAUCCAGAGCUUUGAGAAGACAGAACAUACACACACUUACAUGCAUACAUAUGAGACAGGAAGUUGAUUUUUGGUGGUAACAAUGAAAUGAAUUAUAAAAAAAUGUAAAUAGAAAUGUUGCAAUAACAAAAUCUUUACAAAAAAAUAAAUAAAAAUUGUGAGCCAGCUGUUAAAAAGGCGUGUUGAUUGCGUAGUAGUUUAGGUUUUAAGUUAAUGAGCGAAAUACACAUAAUUAAACUAAUUUGUAUCUUUAUUAUAACUGUAACUAUUAUUAUUAUUAUUUAAUUGUUAUUAACGUGCAAAUUUUGAAAAUUGUCGUCUUGUAUUUUUGUUCGUUUACUUAUUUUCUGCUUAAUAUUAAUUUGUAGUGAUUUAAUACGACGUUCAUGUUUAAUUAAUUAUUCGUCGUCCAAUGAUUACAAACAAGGAGCAGAAUUAUGAAAAAUAUACAAAAACUUAAAUCAACAAUAGGAAAACAAACAAACAAACAAAAAACUCAAAUCGCUAACCGCAAAUAAUGAGUAUAUCCAACAAUUAUCAUGUGAAUGAGUAAAUGAAAAAUUCAAAAAUACAUUAUUUACAAACAAAAACAAUUACAAAACAAAGAAACACAA